UGUCUAGGCCCUGCACUGCGUAGUCGCUGCGCCUCGCAACCCUCAACUGUGAACUCUCAGGUCGCUCCCGCCCUCUCGACUCUGUCUUCGCUCGAGCCUCUGGGUCCUUUGUCCUCGUCCUCGUCCUCACUCUUCGGUCUCCACACGCCGUCGGGGUCACUGCAGCUGUCGCCUCUGCUCUCUCCCGUCGGCUUCACUCUCUGCCCCUAUCCUUCUCUCCUGGUAGGUGAAGGCAGUUUCCACUUAAACCCUAGUUGUCAGUUGUAACAGGUAAGCUGAUAUUGCUGUGGAGCACACUCUCGUUCCUUGUUAUCACAGAAUUGUUUUGGCGUCUCAGACUCGACUAUGGCAACCUCAUCGGAACAGCCGAUCCCCUCCUCUGGUGAAACCAUUAGCAAAAAUGCACUGAAGCGGGAACUCAAGAACAAGCAGAGGGAAGAGGAAAGAAAGCGCAAGGAGGAGGAGAAGGCCAAGAAGGCAGCUGAAAUGCAAAGUUCUGCAUCUAAUAAAGCUGCGACUGCUGAUGAUGAAGAUAUGGACCCAACGCAAUACCUUGAGAAUCGGCUGAAGUAUCUUGCAGCUGAGAAGGCUGAAGGAAAAAACCCUUAUCCCCACAAAUUUUCUGUCUCUAUGUGUAUUAGUGAGUACAUUGAUAAAUAUGGGGGGAUGGGCAAUGGGGAGCAUCUUGAGGAUAUCUCUGUGUCUUUCGCUGGGCGAAUCAUGCAGAAACGGUCUUCAGGUGCAAAGCUAGUCUUCUAUGAUCUGCAUGCUGGUGGUUCCAAGGUUCAGGUUAUGGCUGAUGCAAGGAACUCUGACAUGGAUGAGGCUGAAUUUUCCAAGUUCCAUUCUAACGUGAAGCGUGGUGAUAUUGUUGGUGUCACUGGCUUUCCAGGGAAAAGUAAGAAGGGAGAACUAAGUAUUUUCCCCAGGACUUUUAUAUUGUUGUCCCAUUGUCUCCACAUGAUGCCAAGGCAAAAAUCUGCAGCUGCUGCUGAUAAUGCAAAUUUGAAGAAACAUGUAUGGACGCCUGGAAGUCCCAGGAAUCCUGAAGCCUACAUUUUAAAGGAUCAGGAAACAAGAUAUCGACUACGCCAUUUGGAUUUGAUGUUGAAUAAUGAGGUUCGAGAAAUAUUCAAGACCAGGAGUAAAAUAAUUUCUUAUAUUAGGAGGUUCCUCGAUGACCUUGAUUUCUUGGAGGUUGAAACACCAAUGAUGAACAUGAUUGCUGGUGGAGCAGCAGCCCGUCCAUUUGUAACUCAUCACAAUGACCUUAACAUGAGAUUGUUUAUGCGAAUUGCACCUGAACUCUAUCUUAAGGAGCUAGUUGUUGGUGGUUUGGACCGUGUUUAUGAAAUUGGAAAACAAUUUAGAAAUGAGGGAAUAGAUUUGACGCAUAAUCCUGAGUUCACUACAUGUGAGUUCUAUAUGGCUUAUGCAGACUAUAAUGACUUAAUGGAGAUUACAGAGCAAAUGUUGAGUGGUAUGGUUAAGGAGCUUACAAAGGGAAGCUAUAGAAUCAAAUACCAUGCAAAUGGGAUAGAUAACGAUCCAAUUGAGAUUGACUUCACUCCACCUUUCAGAAGGAUUGACAUGAUAGAGGAGUUGGAGAAGUUGGCAGGCCUAAGUAUCCCCAAGGACUUAUCCAGUGAGGAAGCUAAUAAAUAUCUGAGGGAUGCUUGUUUAAAGUUUGACAUCAAAUGCCCUCCACCUGAAACAACAGCACGUUUAUUGGAUAAACUUGUGGGGCACUUCUUGGAGGAAACAUGUGUGAAUCCUGCAUUCAUCAUCAACCACCCAGAGAUAAUGAGUCCUUUGGCAAAGUGGCACAGAUCAAAGCCUGGCCUAACUGAGCGUUUUGAAUUGUUUGUUAAUAAACAUGAACUAUGCAAUGCAUACACGGAAUUGAAUGACCCCGUAGUACAACGCCAGCGAUUUGCUGAGCAGCUCAAGGAUCGGCAAUCAGGUGAUGAUGAAGCAAUGGCCUUGGAUGAAACAUUUUGUACUGCUUUGGAGUACGGUUUGCCUCCAACCGGUGGUUGGGGUUUGGGCAUUGAUCGGCUGACCAUGCUGCUGACUGAUUCACAGAAUAUUAAGGAGGUUCUUCUCUUCCCUGCCAUGAAACCUCAAGAAUGAAUACUCUAAUCUGUUUUGACUUGAUUUUUGGAAAUGACGGUGAAGAAAAUGAUAUGGACAGAGAUAGGAGAAAUGAAAAUGACGAAUUAAAAGUUAUGUUCACUAUUAUUUAUUUAAAUUCACAUACUGAGGCGAUCCUAAUUUUUUGAGACUUUCAACGAGUGUAUGUAAAAAUUACUUGACGUUGCCAUUUGGUGUUUAAUUUAUUGAUACAAGUGAGUUUUAGUUGUGCUCCUGCUUGUUAACAAGGUAUAAUUUGAAUAGAACAUAUUGCUUGGUUU